AUGCCACUCGCAGACCAAGACGCAGGCACACCCCGGGUAUUCCUUUACCGACAUGGCCAAACUGAAUGGACCAAGAAUGGCCGAUACACCGGUACUACCGAUCUAUCUCUUACAGCUCAUGGCGAGAAACAAGUUCUCUCAUCGGGCAAGAUAAUCGUAGGAGCGGGUAAAUUAAUCGACCCAACCAAUCUGGCCAGAGUGUACAUAAGUCCUCGCACACGCGCAAAGGAAACAUUUGAGCUUGCGUUCGGCGAAGCUGAAAGACAAGUGUUAAACGAGGCGCAGAAGGUAUCCGAGAAUGAGGAGCGGAUCCGAGAGUGGACGUAUGGCUUGUAUGAAGGGAUGAUCACGAAGGAUAUUCGGGCGCUGAGAAAGGAACGUGGUCUUGAUACUGAGAGACCCUGGGAUAUUUGGCGCGAUGGAUGUGAAGAAGGAGAAUCGGCACAAGAGGUUACUGCCCGAAUUGAUAGCUUGAUUGCUGAGAUUCGUGGUAUCCAGAAGGAUAGUAUGAAUGGGGAGGGCUCUGCUGAUGUUGUGCUUGUUUCGCAUGGUCAUUUCCUUCGUGCGUUUACGAAGCGAUGGCUUGGGUAUCCUAUGGAAUUUCCAUUGGCGUUGAUGCUUGAUCCUGGUGCUGUUGGUGUUCUGAGUUAUCAACAUCACAAUAUUGGUGAGCCUGCUAUGUUGGUUGGAUAUGGCUUUCCCCUGGGAGAGUGA